AUAUGAGAUUCAGUCUGAAGACUAUUUACAGCUGAAUUGCUCUCUAUUAGCUCUACUCAAGUUCGGACCUGGAAGUUACCUCGCUGAAAAGCUCAUCAAAAAGGUGAAGUCUCUGGUAUGCGUGUCAUUUCCGAAUCGCUGUAACGCCACAUUGCUUUACUGCAAUUUCCUGGCAGACUUUUCUCCGGGAUUUUGAGCGAAUUCCUUCUUAGCGUUUUGUCAACAGCGAUAGUUGACACCCUCGAUUUUCAUGCCUGCACACUGUGAUAUGUUUGCUAUAGUUUUCAACGUAUUUGCUUUGCAAGUUUGUACACUUUUGAGCGAGCCAUUGUCGUCGAAUUGCGAUGUUUAUGCUGCUUUUAUUUGUGGGAAUGAUCUGAGUCGGCUGGUUUCGAGUCGCAGCCAUCCUUUUGAAUUUUUAAUCACUGGAAAACGGAACUUAAGCCUAUAUGCAAAGCACAGAAGCGUUUAUAUUUGUAAAGACACCUUUUUAGUGAGUAUCGAUGUAUUUUUUGUAUAGGAAAUUUCCCGUAUGAAUUCUUAAUUCACUAAUUCACGGCUUAUAGACUCGCAUUUGCGGUUCGUUUAAUGUUAUGGCGUCUAACUUCAUGCAAAGUUUUGCAAAUCGGUAAUUAUUAUAUUCUCCGUUGCCAUAGUGUCUGUGGUUACGCUUUCUCGUUCUCCGUUGGUGGGUUUAAAUUUCUCGAAUUUACCUCUUUGUCGAAUUCCAGUGAACCUUGAAUUACCUUCAUUGACCUUGUAACAAACCCUAAAAUGAUGCAUUCGAAAUUUGGAGAACAUAGCUUUCCAAAAUCGUAAUUAAUUCUUGGAUUUUAAAGUAAGAGUUGAUUUCUAAAUAUGCCAUCGUUUUUUCCGCAUUUUAAGUGACGAAUGGGUGAACAUUUUUCCGAUUUUGUACCCUCUUUAGCGUUUUUACAUGGUUGUACAUCCUACUAAUUAAAGCAAUGCUGAAAUUUUGUAAUUAUUGAAGGUGUAAAUACAUAUUUUAUGGUCCACAAGCUUGAUGAAAACGAGGAUUAUGUUUUAACGCCAGCUGGGAAUUAAAAAGUUAAUUAUUAUCCUUAUUAAAAUGCAUGUUCUUGUACUGAUCACCUUUACAAGUUUUUGUCAAUUGAUCUAGAAGAUUAAUGGAAGUGGCCAGAACACUGUUUUGGCAUUCUUGAGACAUUUGAUCACUGCUAUUAUUUUACAUAUUUGUAUAACUCAUCUAGAAAAUUACAGAGUUUUCUCCUCUGUAUGAAAUUGUCAUCAUUGUAGCCCAGUAAGAAAAAGCUCACAGCAACAGGUUUAGGACUGAAGAGGGCACAUGAAUUAAGGUUGGCGUUUCCCUCAAUCUCUUCUGUUGCCAAGUUUCUGUAAUAUAUUCUAUUUAAAUAAAGAUUCUAAAAUUUUUGUGAUUCACAUCGUGUGUCAUCAAAUUUAACUUAGCCAUUCUUACUUUUUGAAAAGUUAUCAUUACCUAUUUGCACAGGAAAUUUUAAAAAUUUCUAGGAAAGGUGAGCACAGUUGACAUCAUCUUUAAGGGUAUUCCUCUGUCUUUUAUAGAGACAAGGGAAAAUAUUUUGAAAAUUUUAAAUGCAAUGGAUUAUAGUGAGAGAUGGAAAGAAAAGACAAGUGUGAUUUUAGUUGGAGCGAUGCUUCCUAUUGAAUUAAAUAUUUAUAAUUCAUUUUAUUUUUGAUGUACAGAAACUUCACAGUUAAAACUGUAAAAUGCCAGUCGCAGAAAAUGGACAAAGGACCUUUCCUGGAGCAGGAUCCAAACCAGGAUUGGAAAUAUGGAGAAUUGAGGUUAGUUCUUUCUUUACACCUUAAUUUCGGUAUUUUUUUUCUCCAUAUGGUUCUCUGUACAUUUCCUGGGGUAUUGAUUAGGAGACUUCUUUAGCUGAAGAUCAUUUCCUUUAUUCCCAUGUUGUUAAUGUUUUAACAUUAGAUGUUGAUUUAACAGUUUUUGUUUAAGGAGAAAUUAUUCAGAGAUCCUUGCAGCUAAGAACACUACUGAAAUGAGUAGUUGAAAAUAGGACCUGAAAAAAAUUAAGGCACGUACAGGAUUUGAACCCAUGACCUUUGUGAUACUGGUGCAGGAUUCAUAUAUCUAAAAAAAUUACCAUUUGAGAAAUUAUAUCUAUCUAUAUAAAUUAUAUCAUUCAAGAAAUUAUUCAUUAGACUCAUCUUUUGAAUUUUAAGAGUUAAACACUUGUGGUUCAGGCUGGUUAGAAAUUUGUGACUUGUUACAGGACUUGUUACAAGGUGAUGUUGAUAAUAAUGAUUCUGGUGAUGAACACAAUGUUGGUGAUGAUAACGAUAAGAUUGACAAUAGCCAUAACAACAUUAUUUAUUAAUAGGGACAAUAAUGGUAUAUAUUCCUUGCCUGCAAAGAAAUAUGUAUUUAUAAAUUAUUUAAUGUCCUUACUUGAUUUCUUUUCAGUUAAUACUGAAUUUUUUUAAAUGUUCAUCUUGCAGUUUUUCAAGCCUGUUAAAGUUUCUCCCAAGGACUAUGGAAAAUUUUACAAGGGUGAUUCAUACAUCAUACUUCAGGUAUUUCAACAAUCAUUAUAGUGAUUUUCUUGAUAACUCUUUAACUCGUAGAAGAGAUUAACAUCCAACUUCUCCUUACAAUAUCCACAGAUUAUCUAGCAAACAGGUAAUGAGAAAUCCUCAAACAUAUCAAGUAGAAGUUAAAGUCUUGAUCUAACACCAAAUUCCUGUAACUAAUUUAAAAGGAAAUAUAUAUAGUAUCUGAAAGGGGAGAAUUGACUAUCAGAUCUUGGGAGUUAAAGGGUUAAGGAUUCAGACUAGGCUGCUAUUGAUGGCAAGUGAAUAAUGUAGGUACAUUUGUAAAGAACCUGUGGUGCUGCAUUGGUGGGAGAGUAUAACAGGGUAAUUUGGUACUAUAAACUGAGUUGAUAAUGUAAAUUGGCCCAUGGUAGAGAGUUCUAAAGGUGACUUUUCAAGUGUUAGCCCUUCAUUGGAGCGAGUGGGGCCGAAAUGUCAGCAUAGGAACUCUUUACGAAGGCCAAUUUGCGUUAUCAACUCAGUUAAUAAAACCAAAUUACCCUCCUAUUAAUGACUGGUUGCUUUCAUCAGCACCUGAAAGGAUCACUCUCAGGCUAAAAAUUAACAAAAAGUGUCUGUCUGUUGAAUACAUACCAUUCAUGGAGAGUUAAUUAGCCAUGCAGGCUAGUUUUGAAUAAUUAUUAGAAAAAUGCAUUUAUUGUUUCUGUUGUGAUAAAAUAUUUUUGUAUACAGAUUGUUAUUUAAAUUUAUAUUUCAGACAAUAACUGUUGGUAAGACUGCCAAUAUUUACUUUUGGUUGGGACCAGAGACUACUCAGGUGAGCUAUAAAAAAAUUUCUUCAUCCACAAUGAUAGGAUUGCUUUGAACUUGAAAGGAAAUAUUUUCUGUGUGAUGAUAAGCAAAGAAUAAUUAAAGCACAUUUUCAUUGUGUAGGGAUUAUACUUUUUGAUUGAGAUAUGGCAGCACUGUUGUUUGAAGCUAAUUCCUGUGAUUGAAUAGCUUAUUUGCUCCUUUUUCUCUGACAGAAUAUUUUAAAAAUUGAAUUAAAAAUUCCCAAUGUUCAGUGAUUAUGAGAUAGAAUUGAUAAAAAAGCAGUAUGGUUACUUUAGAUGACAAAAUUGAGAUAAGGGAGUUAAUUUCUUCUCCUUUUUCAUUUGACCAACAUGCCAUAUCCUCUAGAGGGUUCAAUCCUUGAUUCCAGCUUCCUGCCUCUGCAAAUUUAUUUUCAAAGUGAUUGCUUAGACAGUGUACACUUUGUGCUUGUAAUUAGACAGAAGUAGAACAGGAAGAUGCAUACAUAACAGGGCGUGAAAUUAACUUUUUUUUUCUGAUAGCCACUUGGCUCCUAAAUUCUUCAAAGUGGUAGCCAAUUCAAAAAAGAGUUGGUCGCCAUUUUCAAAGACAAAAAAAAUCUUUCUUUACGCUGUCAGCGUUCUAGAUAGACCCUCCAAAAUUAAGAUAGGGAAAAGAUCUUUAACGUGCUACAAAGUGGACACUAGGAUGGAUGAUAUACAAUGUUCAGGCUCAUCUAAAUCCAAGAUGGCGUCUAGUUAUCGAUCGAGAUGCAUGUGCUACGUUUUGGAAACAAACUUAACGAGGAAGUUUGCCGCGGAUUUAUCUUUGCAAAUCUUUUUAAUUCACUAUAUCUCUUGGUAAGGUUAUGGUGAAACGUUCUAGUCGCCAAUUUGGCGACUAACUUUCAGGAUUUGGUCGCCAAAGUGAAUAAUUUAGUCGCAUUGGUGCCUAAAUUAGGCGCAAUUUCACGCCCUGCAUAAUGCUUAUAAUACAUGUGUCAUUUAUGUUUACUAUUAUGAAGACCAUUGAGUUCAUACAGUAACAUUUUUACAUCAUUAUUUACUAGAUAAUUUGUUAAUGUUAUUAAAAUGUUUCUUUCUUAAGGAUGAGCAAGGAGCUGCUGCCAGCCUGUCUGUGACACUUGAUACAGAAUUAGGUGAUUUCCCUGUGCAGCAUCGAGUGGUAAGCAUUUGAUUUGUCUGCUUGCCUUUUUGAGGGGGGCAUUGGGACCUAUUAGAAACUACAAAACCACAGAAAAAAUCAUCCAAAACCAAGAAACCAAAAAAAAUUCAGUCAAAACCAAAAAGCACUUGCAAAACUGUCAAAACCAAUACAUUUUCACAUCCCAGUUAUUAAAACCCUGAUCGAUCCAAUACAGCAGUGACAAGUGGAGCAAACAGAGUCAACUACACUAAUUUCAUUACAGGAUUUAUGAAUGCCAUGGACUUGGCAUUUGUAUCUUCUAGUAUCUGCUUAAAUUAACAGCUACUCUCUCAAGGACCUCGAGCUUGGUCUCUAUGGACUCAGCAGUGGUAAUGGAGCCUUCUUAAAUUAUGGAAAUUUGCACAAAAGUCCACAAUAGGAUUGCAAUUUUGCAGUUGCAAAAAGCUAUAGCUCAGGAAAGUUUAAUCGAAAAUCCCUAAUCUAACAAUUCAAUUCGCAAACUAAGACCUGAAAGUUUAGAGACUCUACUGGAAUGUUGAAUCAAUCAGUCAAAUGUGGCCUGUAACUUGGUCUCCAAUUUCGAAGUGGCAUUGAUAAAGAAACUCUGGCAAUUUUCCAUGCUUAGCCAUACCUUAUGUGUAGCCAUACCCUCCCCCCCCCACUAGGGGAGGGGGGAGGGUACGGCUACACGUAGGCUACCUAGAAAUCCCUGCAACAUUUCAGUUGGUUUGUCAUGCAUUCCUCUCGAUAACAUUUGCGUUUAGCGGCUAUUCGACAUCAGUGGAGGUGUGUAAUUGCCACUCAGAUGGAAGACAAAUCGGAACCCAAAUAGGUCAAAUAGGAAUAACUGAAAACCGCAUUGGAUAUCAAAGCCAAAAACCCAUUAGUAGUUCUUGCAAAAAUCGAAAACCGAGUGUUAAAAAACGGAAAAUCUGCAAACCACAGUGAACACCAAAACCAAAAAACCAAAGUUUUUUGGCACAAAAACCGAAAAACCAAUCUAAAAAAUAGCCAAAACCACAAAACUGAAAAUCCCAAUGCCCCCCUCCUUUUUGCUUUGUUUUUUUAAGAAUGAAAUGUAAAUAAUCUUUUUAUCCCUUUCGCUAAGGUUGGAGGUCAUGAAGAUUCAAAGUUCAAAGGGCUUUUUAAAGAUGGGAUAAAGUAUGACUUCUUUUGAAUUUUAACCCUAACAUUAGUAUGCACAUUCUCCAUACUGUUCUCUAUACAGUUCUUAAGGUGGUGACUUGGAGAAUUUGUUUAACAAUCAAGAACUUUAGUUAGUGAUCAUUUCCUUGAUUCUCAAGACUGAUUUGUGUGAUUCUGGGGUGAUGUUGUAAAUAGAAAUGACUCUCCUUGCUUCUUUCUCUCUACAGGUUUUUGGAUGGAGGCCAUGCUUCUGGGUUCAAAGAAGGAAAGAAAAAGUUUACAAAAGCAUUAAUGCAAGUGAAAGGGAAACGUAAAAUUUAUGCUUCUCAGGUAAGUGGCUUUCUGUGAAUAUUUAACCCUUAACUUCCCAGAUCCGAGUAUAAUUCUCCCUCUUGCUGCUCCACAUAUUCUUGCAAAUUAGUUUAUUUGUAUUGUUUCAUUGGUUAGGUACCAGCUACCAUUGAUUCGCUGAACAUUGGGGAUUGCUUUGUUUUUGACUGUGGAAGAAAAAUCUAUGUGUGGUGUGGAAAAGAAAGCAACAAAAAAGAGAGCUUUAAUGUAAGUUUGUUGUCAAGUUUCUCUGAAGUGUCAGAAUAAUUCAAUUUCUGACUGGAAUAUCUGUUUUUAUAUCAGGCUGUAAAGUUUGCACGUGAACUACGUGAUGAAGAACGAGCAGGUCUUGCUGAUGUUAUUAUUGUUGGUGAGUGCCUCUUAUCAUUUUGUAUGUUAAAUAUAAGGUGGUAAUAAUGAUGUUAUUUUUAUUGGUACUGAUAUUAAAGACUUGUUGAGACUGAGUGUUCUGUACUGCAAUGUCAAGGCAAUGGAAUGAAUUGCCUCUUAGCUUUUGAAAGUCUCCAUCAAUACCUAUUUUUUUAAAGACUUACCUGUUUAAAGAAGCUUAUUACUUUUAACAUUUAUUUUUGAUAUAUAAAUUGAAUCUUUUUGUUUUGUUAUGUGUAAUUUAUCUUGGUAUUUUUAGAUUCUGGUUUUAACCUUAGCUUAAUGAUUGUAAAGGACAAUAGAAGAUUUUUUGAAUAGGUUUAUACACUUACUUUAUCAUUAUUUAAUUUUGGUAACUCUAACCUCAUGUAGUUCUAUGUUGUGAUACAAGCAUACAACUGAAGUGUAGAUAACUUUUGAUUUUUGAAUGAUUGCAUUUCUCACAGUCACACCAGAGGAGGAAGAAGAGUUCUUCUUUGAAUUAACUGGAAAAAAAGUAAUUGUUCCUAUCACAAAAGAAGCUGAAAGUGAUGAGGCACAUGAUGCAUCCCUCUCACUUAAUUUGUACAGGUAAAAUGUUGAAUAUUGUUGAGAGGUAAUGUUAUGCAAAGUUGAUGGGUACAUUGUGUUUGUAUUGAAUUUCAGGAUCAAAGAGGAUGAAACUGGCAAUAUUACAAUGAAGGAGACUGGAAGUAAACCCUUGAAGCCUGAUGAUCUUGACACAGAUGUAAGUCUCCUUGGUGACUGGGUUAAUUCUUAUCAGGAUUUUCAUAAAUUACAUUUGAUAUGAAAGUAGAGGCUGGUGUAAGGUAAUAGUACAAUUUGCUUUAAAACUGCUGAUAUCUGAACAAAGAAUGGCUUGGGGUAUCAUAACUGAGCAGGAGAAUUGUAGGAAAAGUCAAAGAAUUCUAUGGUCUCUGUUUCCCAAUCCAUCCUUCUUGGUGGCGUGCAUGAUGUGUUAAUUGAUUUCUAGGUUUACUGAGGGUUAUGGGAUUGAUAUCAGUAUCUGAGUAACUGUGCACCUGCCCCUCCCCUAACCCAACAUUAACCCUAACUUGUUAUCAGUUGACUGUGGUUGGGUCAGGGGAGGGGUAGGUGGGCAGUUGCUCAGAUUGUCUUACCACCCCCCUGAGAAGCCUGUACCUGUCAAUGAAUUUUUUCAUCUCCAGGCUGUAGUCAACUGAAACAAUUAUUUUUUUUGUGGCGUUCCAGGAUUGCUUCAUCUUGGAAACUGGCCAAGGUGUCUACGUAUGGGUUGGGAAAAAAUCAAGCAGAAAUGAAAAAGAUAAAGCUCUCAAGGAUGCCCAGGUAAGUAACAGUUUUAAGCCUUUAACUCCCAAGAUCUGAUUGAUAAUUCUGCCCUCUUUCCCUGUAAAUUAGUUACAAUGAUUUGGUGUGAGAUCAGUUUAACAAAGACCUCAAAGAUGUCUGUGUAAUUGCACAUUUUAAUGGAUGAAAUUUACCUCCAAUUGGAAACUGUUUCCUUUCCACAGCUUAUGCAACACACUGAUAAAAUUCCAUCUUCUUUCUUUUGCCAGGGUUUUUUAUCUGCUAGGAACUUAAAUCCAAACACAUCCAUAAAAAUUAUUGGUGAGGAUCUAGAGCCAUCUGAGUUUAAACAGUAUUUUUCUUCAUGGGAACCUGUUGUACCUUUUGGAAAGACACAGACCUUUCAAGCUGGUAAAGGAGUUGUGUCUAAAGGUAUGCAAGUCCAAUUACUAACUUAAAGUAAUGGUGUUCUGUUGAACCAUCCUUAAGUUCUUUACAUAAUUCAUCUUCUUCUUCUGAUGUAGCGUGUUGGUCAGAGGGAGUUUCAGCUUUGAUUUUGAUUUUAGCUAAAUGAUAAGGAAAAGGUUACAGUUUGUUUAUCAAGGCACAAUUCCACUUCAUUAUGAUGAAUGAAUUAAGUUCAAUUUUUUUUUCGUCUCAUUUUAAGACAAGGUACCAAAGUGGUCAGCACACUGAGUUCCAGGUGGAGAGAUCUGGGUUCAAGUGCUGACUCGGUCAUUGUAUUGUGUUCUUGAGUAAGAAAUUUUCCUCUCAAAGUACUUCCCUCCAUCCAUGUGAAAUGUGAAAAGUGAAGUGGUACAUGUGAAGUGUUUUGUGUGAAGUGUUAUGUGUGAAGUGCUAUAUGUGAAGUGUGGAAUUUAAAGUGAAAUAUGAAUGUGUACUGGCAAUCCAUUAUUGGGGAUGUUACCUUUCAUAGACUAGUAUGCCAGUUGGUAGGAGUAGCGUAAAACAGCAACUGAGAUAAACUCCACAAUGACAUUCAUUAUUUGUAUGCUAUUGUACCUCUCAGUUGUACCUCUAAUAUCUUUUGUUUCAGGGUAGAAUCAGUUAAGGCUGUUUUAAUAAACGUUUUUAGAAAGGUUGUGGCCAUUUAUCAUGAUGAAUAUGCCAGUUAUAAUGAUUAUCUGUCUCGCAGUGUUGUCGCUUCUGAUGUAGAUAGUGACAUUUUGUUUGUAUACUGUUAGUCUUAUCCACGCACCAAGGUAAAUUGGUCAUAAUCACUGGUUUUUUGGUUUCACAAGUUGACACCCAGCAGGUCCACUUGGAAUCCACAAUGGAAGUGACUACAUUGUGAGACAAUCGCUAAUAAUUCAUUGCUGGUGUUUUAGAAAUACACGUUUUUUACCACUUUCACGUUUUCAGAACAACUUGACCAGAGACCAAAGUUUGAAGUGAGAUCCAUGCAUGAAAGGAGGGCAUCCGUGACCAGCACUCUUCCUGAUGAUGGAACAGGCACAGUACAGGUUUGGCGAAUUAAAGGCUUUGAGCUUGAAGAGGUACCACCAAAAUCACAUGGUGUGUUCUACUCUGGGGACUGUUAUGUUAUUCUGUACACAUACUUGAAGAACAACCGAGAAAAGCACAUCAUCUACUUUUGGCUGGUGAGUGUAAUAUCACUUUUGAUUUUUUUGCGCGUCGCAAGGGGUGUUUGGUUCGGGUGAGGUUAGAAAUGGAUGAGAGAGAAAGAGACCAACUGCAAGCAGCUGAAGUCACACGCGCAACAAAUGUCAUGCGUGAAAGCAAAUGUCACGCGCCCAGCAAAAGUCGCGUGUGCAGAAAAUGUCACGCGCGCAGCAAAUGUCACACGCGCAGCAGAUGUCACGUGUGCAGUAAGUGUCACGUGCGCCGGGUGGAGGGCCAAAUAAGGCAUUUCUGCUCCCCUGAAAAAAUUACAUUUAAGAAGCAGGGUUUAUAAUUUAGUUUAGUUAAUAGCUUCAAGGCUAGGUAUGUUUGUGCUCUUUAUGAGGGUGCCACCAUUUAAUAAUCAGCACUAAUACCUAACAUCCGUACUGUCGAUGGAUAGGGCUCAAGAAACAAAUUUAUUAGAAAGUUUUGUUAUUCUUCAACCAGGGAAACGACAGUACAGCUGAUGAACAAGGAGCUGCUGCAGCUGGUGCUAUAGCCCUUGAUGACAAGUUUUCAGGGGAACCAUACCAGGUUAGUACCUUUUCGUUGGCAUAGAUUUUCUCGCUCACUUCUGUGCUAGGAGUAUUAUUAUUUCACUUAAGAUCAAUGUUCAAGUGAAAACUCGAUAGUGUGGUGCCUCUUCUGUUUUCUGGUAACAACAUCAAGGCUCGAAUUGUGAAGACUUGGGGUUCGAUUCGUCGUGGGCGACGAUUUUCUUUCUUUAACUCAAGCAUUUGACAAAGCUAUUCAUAUCACUCUCUAAUAUCAUACGAAGUUGCAGUGACAGACCUAACAGACAAAGUGCGCGUCGCCUUUGUGAGUGCGCAUGUUUUUAAAAGGUGUUAUAUCGCGUUGGUGUUUGAGUGUGUUAUGUCUGGAAUUCUAGUGUGCUACUGAAUGCAUCCUUAACCGUUUCAUGGUUGUAAGCCCUCAUAAUUUUUCUUGCAUACUAUUAUCUCAGGUUCGGUUGUGUGAAGGAAAGGAACCGUUGCAUUUCUUUAUGAUUUUCAAGCACCGACUCAUUAUUUACCAAGUGAGUAUUUUAGGUUAAAAAAGAAAAGAAAAUUUGUAUCAGGGAGGUCUAACAUAGUUGUUCACUGUGUCAACGGAGAGGAAGUUGGUUAUGGCACCUUCGCAUCACUCCCGGGUGUGAUCAAAAGGAACUCCUCGUCAAAGCAAUUUUCAAUUGAGUGUCGAAAGUUAUCCGGGAUUGUAUUGUUUUUCGCUCUGUGAUUGGUCCAAAAAAACUCGUGCCCCUUUCUCAACCAAUCAGAUGCAAAACUAAAACUUAUCAUGACUUGGUCGUCCGCGUUUUCGCGCGCUUUAGGCAGCUUGUUUGUUUUUACUUUUGAGUUCUCAUUGGCUCUUAAAGGUAUUUUCCUUACUUCUAAUCGGCCAUUGUGAUUACUUUGACAAUUUUAUUUCUUCUCGUCACAUUUCCGUGUAGGAAUGCAUUGAUAUUGCAAGGAGAAAUUCCUUUUUGCUUUUUUGUGAGAGUAAAAGGGUUAACGCCAAAUUCUCAAAGCUUAAGUUUUAAGAAGUUUAUGGCAGGUGAUGCAGAGAAUUGACGUUUAGAUUUUGGGGGUGAAACGCUCAAGAAUUGAACACCCAACUAUUUGUUUGCCUGUAGGGUGGCCAUGCUAGUGGGUUCAAAAACGUUGAAAGCUCCGGAAAUGCCUCAGACACUCGCCUCCUUCAGGUUCGCGUCACUGGAAACAAUUCUAGGAUUGUCGAGGUAAGUUUUGGUGAGAGUCAGAUUCUUAAGACCAACAAAGUGGUCAGAUUUCGGGCAUACGUAAUGGGAUCAAAUUUGAGCAGCCGCGCGCCAGUUUCCCGCCAAAAAUCUCAAAGCAAAAUGAUCAUUUGUUUUUAUGCCAGGCAAAAUUACCUUUGUCUCAAAUGAGACUACAAAAAUGUUCACUCGGUGAUAGGCAAUAAUAACGCAAGAAGGAGCAAAGAUGGAUUGAAAUUAACUUUAUUAUGUGAUACCUGAGAAGGAACAAGAUGGCUAAAGGGUUGAGGAGAUGAAAACUGAUUGAAACGAAGAUGUCUGAUCUUUAUUCAGGUUCUCCCGGUGGCUCAAUCUCUGAACAGCAGUGAUGUGUUCGUGCUUCACAACCCUCAUCACUGCUUCAUCUGGGUGGGCAAAGGCAGCAUCGGUGAUGAACGGGAGUGUGCCCGAGAGGUAGUACGGCUCAUUUGGAAGUCAGACGAUGCUGAUCUAGUUAUGGAGGGUAAGGAACGUGACAACUUCUGGAACCUGCUGGGAGGAAAAGCUGAUUAUGGCUCAGCCAAGCAAAGCUGGGUAGGUAUCCAGGCACUCUUUUUGUUUAGUCUACCAUACGGAAAGCGAAAGGUUGAACUGAUAUGCAUAAACUGUUUUGCAAAGGCGCAAGAAAGAUGAACCACGCAAAACGUCUCAGAAUUGACCCUUUGAACCCUAAAAGUGACUAGCAUCUGAUGUUUCCAUACAAUAUCACCCGCGAAUCAAAGAUUGAUGCCAACAGAAGCAACUCUCGAUUGUUUAACAAAUUCUCCUUGUCAGCAUUUCAGGAAAUUUAUGGUGAAUAGUAUGGAGAAUAUGCUUACUGAUGUUAGGGUUAAUUUUCGGUAUAAUUUAAAGUCUUUUUAGUUUUAAUGAGACGUUCAUUUUAUCAAAUUCCAUAAGUUUCUGCCCCUUAAAUCGCAAAAAUUUAGUGACUUGUGGUGAGCAGACUUUUCAAAAUCUCCGAAUCAUCGCGUGACUAAGAUAUCAUUGGUCUCCAUCACAGCCAUUCUGUAGAAUGUCAUGCAAAACCGCCAAAAUAAUCGUUACGUGACAUCCAAAAGAACAGCUGCGAAGGAGACUAGGACUUCAUGCAGUGAGAUACUUGUUAAACCUUUACGAGGGAUCGUAACUGUAUCUUUUUAUCGUCCCUGAAAUAUUUUAGGCCGAGGAAGAGAGCAGCGGUUACCCACCCCGAUUGUUUCAUUGUUCAAACGCCAGUGGCAGGUUCAUGGUCGAAGAAAUUUUUGAUUUCGGCCAGGAGGAUUUAGAGGAAGAUGAUGUCAUGAUCCUCGAUGCCUGGUCGCAGCUGUUUAUAUGGGUUGGAGCCACUGCACGCAGAGAAGAAAAACAAGAUGCUAUCAGGACUGCUCUGGUAAUCUUACUUUGCUUAGUCGAGUUUCUUCAUAUUGAAACCCACUUCCAUCCUGAAUAUUGUAAGUUAUGUUCAACUUUUAAUGCUUCCAUCUUUCUCUUUCUACCUUAUUUUGAGGAUUUUGUCCAGAAACCCACAAGUAGAGCGCUUUCUUAUUAUUUCGGAAAACCAGAACCAAAGUUAACACACCGGUCAAGCCAAACUAAUAACGAGAAAUCGCGCGAGUUUUCCAGACCAAAUACAAGGGUAUGCAAUGCAAAUCCAAAUGAACUCCCAGAAUAGACUUGACACAGUGAAAAUUGCUCUUUUUGUACUACGAAUUAUAUCAAAUGUGUGCGACAAAAUUUACGGUCGACAGAGUUAGCCCACUUUCUCGACUGUUUUCUAAAUUGAAAGUUGUGUCAUGCAUGGGCUGUGCCUUGUCAUAAGGUACGGAGGAAGUGGAAGAUGUGUUGGGAGUUGUUUAAGUGCAACACUCCUAGCUCUAGCUAUUUAAGUGUUUUUCAAGCUUUGCGUGUUUCGUAUCUCGAUAGACGCACGCUGUUAACUAUAACAUCUUUGAAACAGUAAUUUAAACUUUCGAUCAGUAAAAGUUCCGUCAGCUACAGGCUGAUUGGUUGAUAGAGGAGCACAAACUUUCUAGACCAAUCGCAGAGAGAAGAAAAGUACACGUCAUUAGCGUGCACUAUGAGAAGGUGAAGCACGCAGGCGCAGUUGAAUUUUAUUCCCCGAAUUUAUAAGUAAAGUUGUAACGAAAGUUCUUGGUAAUAAUUUCAGGAAUACGUUAAGACAGAUCCUCGUCAGCGCGUCCCAAACAUGACGAUGUCAGUGAUUAAACAAGGGGCUGAGCCGGUGGGGUUCAAAUCUUACUUCGUGGCCUGGGAACCGCAGAUGUGGAACAAGAAAAUGAGUUACGAAGAACAGAUGAAACAAGUCAAACAAGAAAAUGAGAAAGUGGAUAAUAACGCGUGGCAUUUGGUAAGCACUGUUAAAAGUGGCGAGGAUCGUCACGCAAGCCUCAGAGAAAAUGGUUGCGUGACCACUAGAUCUGUUGUUUGUCAUGCAAACUUUUUAGAGAAGAGCUGCGUUACCAACUGUUAUGUAGGUCGUCACGCAAAGUCCUUGAAGAUAGUUUUAUCACAUGGGCAUAGUUGCAGACUUCCAAGCCGCCAGGAACAGCAGCAGACUCUUCAUCGGAAAGUUAAACCUUUUUGUUAGCAAGGUGUUGAUAUCCACUUCUUUUGCAGACCGAGUGGGACGAGAAACUCAAGCCGAAAUUUUUCCCCUUGGAAGUUUUACAAAAGAAAGGAGAGGACCUUCCUGAAGAAGUAGACCCUACUAAGAAAGAGGUAUGUUCAACGUCCAAAUUCUCCUUGUCAAAAUCUGAAAAAAUAGAUAGUGAAGCCUGUUGUGCAGGGCUCAAAUGGUUAUGGAAUUUGAAUGUUGGUCAGGAAAGGUCAUUAUGAAUUAUUUCACAGAGACAAAGGAAAAAGAAAUGAUUUUAUACAACAUUAUUUCUUCAAAUUAAAGUAUCUCUUCUGAGUACAACUAAUAACGGUUUGUAAAAUAUAGAUGAUGGAGACACCUUUUGAACUGCGUGCAUUGGAAUGAGUGGGAAAGUUCUUAAUAGCUUCAUGUAGUCUUCUUGAUAUUUCUUUUGAUUUUUUCGUUGUAGCUCUCGAGAUCUGUAGAGUGAUUCUCCCUUCUAUCCGCUACAUAUUUCGUUGAAAACUAGUCAAGAGAAUUGGUUGCUUACGAAGCUCUCACCUUUAAGCUGUUUCGUUUUGCUUUUCCCGUCACUUUUUAGCUGGACAAUGUACCGGAAUUGUAAGGAGGAUUAACAUGUUAGUCACCGCUGCGAGUUGAAUGGUCAAUAUUUACUUCCUUCAAUUAUAGCAGAGCUUGCAGAGCGUAGCCCCGUAGUUAUACAAAAUAGUAGUAACCCAUCAAGCCGAAAAAAUUUGGAUGUACGACCGUACGACCGUACGACCGACCGUACAAGGUGCUACUUUUAGCAUGCGCGGCCAACUGUACCGCGGGUACUAUCUUAUAAUCAGUCCUCUAUACGGACACGGAGAAGUUGCGAAUGAAAACCAUUAAUAUUACCACGCACUUUAUCCGCAGUUGGGGCUUUAGUUUUGUUGAAGAGACGUGCGGGAAAAAAAAAUGCGAGCUCUGCUUUUAGGCUUGCGUGAAGCUGUAUAUUUAUUAUUAUUUGUUUUUAGCUUCAUCUGGAGGAUGCCAAAUUUGAAGAAAUUUUCAAAAUGUCUAAGAAAGAAUGGGAAGGUGUACCACAAUGGAAGAAGAACCAAGUCAAGAAAACCAAUGAUCUGUUCUAAAAGAACAAAAGUAUCGACCGCUAAUUUAACUCAAUUUAUAUUAACAUUUUCACACACUAAUGCAAUUUGUAGAGGUAAUAAUAUAAUUUCGAGUGCAAUUUGGAGGAAAUAGGCACAGGUAAAUUUUUUCAAAGGCAACAAAAUUGCACGAGCCCAAAGGGCAAGUGCAAUGUGUAGUCUUUGAAAAAUUUACAAGUGCUUAUUACACCAUAUUGCAAGAGAAAUCAUGUGAUUGCUUGUUAAUAAUGUACAUGGAAAACAUCACAGAAAGUUAAGACAGACGAAAUUUUGAAAACGUGCGCGCGCUGCACUUGUAUUACAUGAGGAUGCACUCGUCUUCAACCAAUCAUUAGCGCGUAAUUUUUUCAUGUACAUUAUUAGUAUGAGAAUGGGUGCAACGUUUUAAAUCCCGUGGUUUUUACAAGUAUUCAUCAUAAUUUUGGGCGAAUUAACUAUUUUUAGGAAUUUAGUACACUAACGCACAUAUCGUAAGAAAUAACAGGUCUAACCACUAGACUGGUCAAACGAGAAACUGGAUAAACUGGUUUGACCUGGUGGCUGCUAACAUAUAUGUUAAGUGGUCUAAAAACCUACAGGAAAACCAUACAACUAAUGCCGUUUAUAAACUUAGGUAGAAUUAUUUCGGGAAAUUAGAAGUUUUUCUUAAAUGUGGAAUAAAUGCUUUGAAUAAUCAACAAGAACAUAUUUCUUAGGCUAUUUAUCUAAAUUUAUAGACUUACUGAAGUAGUAGCAUUUUGCUCUGUACUGCAAUUCUAAUUUUAAUAUGUUGGUAUUGCUGUGCGCGUGCAAGGCCUUCAAUACAACGUUUUAUGAAAAGUUGGUGUGUCUUUAGGUAGGUGUAGAGUUGUCACGCAAUCCCCCUUUGUGCUGUAAGUUUUGUAAUCUCGUUCACAGUCUCCCCUCUCCUCUCCUCUCCUACUGAGAUCAGGGUGAAGAGAUAUCCUGGAAACGAUGUUGCAAGCUUUGGUUGCUUUCGGUAUUCGUGCUUUGUUCGUAAUCGGUGUGAGUCGGAAAAUCCGAGAACUUUCGAACUUUUCUUAACAAAGCUGCAGCACCAUUGAACGACGACUUAAUCGAAUUUUGCUAUUUUGACAAGUAGCUUUUAGUAUAUUUAUAAUAAUGUAUUACUCAAUAAUGUAUUUCACUGCUUAGGGAAUCAUCCAAAUUUUAAAGCACGUAACGUUCAUAGUCAACUGUAAGUUGCCGAUACUAGCUGUGUUUCUCUGAAAUAAAAUAUUCUGCCAAGAAGGGGCGUAUCUCAUCAUCACUUGUAUUCUUAUUAAGAGCUGACGUUUUAAGCCCAGCGGUUUUGUCUUGACUGGCUAGAUACGUCAAGCCUUUGGGUAUAGUUAACAGUUGAAUCAAUUAGUUGAUUCUGACUAGCUCUCUGCAUGCACUCACAAGCCUUUCCAUCAUCCUCCGCUUUUAAAAAAUAAAUGGCACUAAUACUAAAUAUUCUCAGCCAAAUUCUUGCCAAUAAAGUGAGCUUAUUUGCAAUAUUUUCUUCUUUUUUUGCGCUUGCCUAUAGUUUCACUAAAAGCGAUCUUGACCCGAGUAUUGGGGGGGUUGCGUUGAAUGUGGAAAACUAAGAUCAGAAAUCUCCGACACGAAAAAUGUUCGUCGGGAAACGUAGGAACGUGUCCUUUUAAAGCUCCAGGAACCAUGACCACUACAUUUGAAUAACUGAGCUAUUGAUUACUUACACCAAGAGCUGUCCCUUCUUUUCGCCGAAUCCGUCGCGCAGGUAAAAAAAAUCAAAUAAUAUUAUUAUCGUGCCGCACAGAAAUCUGAGAGUGAGGCACACGAAAGUUAUGAACCACGACUAGACCAGAGAGUUUGAAUUUUUGUACGCCUUACCCCCAGAGCUUUACGCGGUGAGCAAACAUCGAUGUUUUUUUUACCUGCAUAAGGGACUUUGCGGAAAAGGAGGGACUGCUCGUCUUUAAAUAUUUCGAGAAUUCUCCAAUAUGGCGGAGAAUCGAGAAUAAAUCUGCUUGGGAUCUUUUCAUUCUCAAACUAAGGGUAAUUUUUACGUUUAAAAAUUAAAACAUGGUUCAGGAACAAAGUACUUAUAAUAUGUUUCUAUUUUGCUAGCACGUGUGCGUCAAAACAAGAUUAAAAUCGCAUAACUAUUAAAAACAAAUUAAUUGCGCUUUCGCCGGUCAUUGUCUACGUUUUGGUGAUUUAUUUCGCCUCUUGGCGACAAAAAUGAUAACCGAUUUCGUUUGUUCUCUUUCUCUCCUAACUGAAUAUUUCAGACAAAACAUUCUUUUAGCAAAAAGGUGAAUUGUUCUAUAGGAUAAGUAAUUGCUCUUCUACCCGUAUUUGCAACGUCUAUUCCAAAACCAGCCUUUCUCAAAUAGGUAUUUAAAAUGUAUUUCUUAAUUUGACGGUGCAGUUCAACUUGACUUUAACAUUUUUCGCUCUCAACAAUGCUGUGUGUGUACAAGAGUCUUGUCGCAUUUGAACCUACAAGCAAAGAGAAAAAAACUUGUUGAAACAGUUUGUUUACGGCGUAAGACAGUUUCACUUCUCCAAAUGGCAUUGAAAAGAAGAAACUCCCCCCCAACCCCCACCUCCACCCACUCCUUUCAAUGAUGCUAUUUCACCUUUUUCACGCAAAUAUCUCAAGACACCGAAGAAAAAUGACAGUCUAGAAACAACAUUGGACGAGGGAAGGGGGGAGUGUGGGGUGGAGGAGAUUUAUGAUGUACGGGACUGGAUUGAAAAUAAGAGUACUUACGCUUCGCUGUCUAAACAACAGUUUUGUCUGCGAUUGAUUGAAGUGUACCACUCAGCGCUCUUCUGCUCGGUUGAGAAAGCAUUCGACUGGGAAAUCGGCGGGCAGGAGUGGUAAUCUUCGUGGGUGGACCAAGAGUUUUCUUGUUUUCUUUGUUUUUCGCUCGUGACCAUUGCGAAACAUGUUUCUUUAAUUAGAAGAAAUAAAUCAUGGGGAUCUAUUUCAUUUGUUACUCAGGGUACAAACCGACAAUUUGUUCUUUCUAUUUUUAGCCAAUGCACAGUGUUCACAAUCACAAAAGCUUUGAUAUGGUGCAGUAGCUGUGGUUGUGCCAGUAGGCGAAGUAUUAUGAAACGCUAAGCCUUUUUGUGGACUUGACAUUUAAAAUGCAGAGUAUUCCAAUUACUAUUGAACACCCGCGGGUUACUAAAGUGCACAGUCGAAAAGUUGCCAACUUUAAUUGAAAACCCUGCCAAAAUGACUCUAUCAUGAGACAAACGAUGAAAACCCUUUCUCGUUACACAAAAGCUUUGUCUCUAAAAUUGCCUAUUGUAAACGACAAUUUCACCAGAAUUUUAAAUAAGAUCAGCCGUAAAAAAAGUGUUUCAGUACCAUUUAUCAGGAAAUCUAAAAAUGACUGAUUUUUGCAGAAUGCCUACCUAAGAAACAGUUAUGAAUCUUGAGAAAAAAAGGCUUGCCUUUUUUUUGUCUCCACACAGACAUAAGCCCACGCAUAUUGCCUUUUAAAAAGGCGUAGGUGUGGAUCUUAAAAAAUUUGACACGUUAAUUGGGCCUUCACUUUUAACCCUUAUUGUCUUUAGAGAGAAGCUGAAAGAACACUUUUACCUCUCCAUCAAAGUGAAUAUCGUGAUAUUCCCCUAACCUAAAUAAAGCAAACCGCUUUACUAUUAACAUAAAAUUAGCCAUUUUGUUAACAAUAGAUUCAAGACGGCCGUCUAAAUGUGCCCUCCUUUGGCAGAGCUUCAUACGUGCAGUCAAGAUUUCAUGUGACGAUGUUUUCAACUAUGACACCUGACCAGUGUAUUCUGAAUCAUAUCACAAGAAAAAACGUUCGCAUAGCGACCUUUUCACCCAAACUGUUGUAGCAGGUUGAAAAAUUUUAUAUUGGAAAUACAGGUUACCUGCUGGGAGGUCAUGUUAUUCCCGUGUCUUUCCCAGCCGCGAGUGAUCGAUGGUUUCAAGAGACUGAAAUAUUUUUGGUAGAGAAAUAUGUUACCUUCAAAGUCGAUCGCUGGAUAGGAAAGUUCCUCAGGAUUUGUUUUGAUCUAGGGCAAUUAAACAAGUGUAACCCGUUUUCUUUUUGUAAUUAGAUAAGACAUUUUGUUUAUUCCUGUCCCCUUUUGUUCCACAACAUUAUAAUAACAGAAAUAAUUCAAUUAUACCUUCAGGUACCUGCUCCAUUGAUCCACAAGGAUUUAUUUUCUCUUUUUUCUCUGUUGAGAAAAACGUGAUCUGGAAGUUUUCCAUUAAAGCCAAUGUUUAAAUCGGUAUUAAAAAAAGUUCUCCUACAGAGAAACCUACGCGGUGUUUAUAUAGACAUAAGUGGACAUUAAAUUUGCACCGCAAAAGCCUGAAAGUUUGAAAUCGAAAAAAUACCAAAACAACAGCAUUAAAAGCGAAAUAAAAAUGUGUUCUUGUUUUCAAUCAUUAAAUCUCUCGGGAUAACACCUUUUAAGCUUCUCAUUUGUUAAAAUGUACCGAAAACAAGUACAAACAAGACAGUUGUUCACCCACUUUCAUUACAAUUGGUUCCUAUGUUGUACUAAAAGCUCAUUAGAUACAGGGUUUGCUUCAAAGAAAGAAUUGAGAGUUCUCACUUUAAGACCGAUGCCUUCUCCUCUUCGAAUUAACGCAGUUUAAAUCAAAUCAUAACAAAGUGUUUUAUCGAAAUCGAGCCUCGAAAUUUUCUCCAAAAACAUUCAACCCAUUUUCCAUUAUUUACAACCUUAGAAAGGUCUAGUUUUAUUUCUCAAACUGGUAAUAGUUUCCUCAGCCACUGGUUAAGAUUGAUUAUGCAACCUACGCCUUAUUUCGCGUGUUAUAGCCACUAACGGCGUUUUCAGAAAUUCACGGGUUUGAGAGUAACAUGCCCUAGUGAAAAUUUUCGAUUUUUCCUGCAUACAUCUAGUACUAUGUCAAACAUUCCUUCAAACGUGUGAAUUUCCACACCUCACAUCAAAAUGUUGAUCUCAACAGCUCCGGUGUUUUACCCUAAAUCUGAUAAACCAGUAACUGUUCAAAAAUUAAAUUGGGGGCGUUUUUUGUAAUUGUCCUGUAAAAUUCUCCAUAGAAAAUUGUAGAGUUGUUUCGAAACCGGCCAGAGUUACGUUUUGUACACCUCUGACACGUGGGUUCAAUUCCAUGUUUUUGACUUUCAGUCCUCGAUCGGCUUCUCAUCCUUGCAUCCAAUAUUCAUAUUGUAUUGAUCUCGACAAAGAAAAAGCCAGUUCUCCUAGAUGUCCAGGUGUAAAUCUACGAUAUCGAAAUAAAGGGCACUUAUUGAAGUUUUUGCCAAGGUUUCGGCGUGCUAUAAAUGGUUUGUCAAAAAUUUUUCCUCGUUCACGAUCGGCGUUCCAUAAAGAGCAAGAAUUAACUCCAUUCCUACUAGAAACAGCGUGCGAUUCAACCAAGUUAAUACGGAACUCCGAGUAUAUCAACUUUUAAUGACAUUUUAGCAAUUAAAAGCGAAGUAGGAAAUUUCAUGGCCAAUGUGGUUACAGCUGUUUUCCAACUCGAAUUUUGCGGCGCUUCAUGACUGAUUUUGUGGAAAUGAAUUCACUUUUUUCCGUUAAGAUCGUGUCUUACUAAAAGUUAUUUUUUUUUGCAGAUUUUUGUUUCGAGGAAUUAAAGUCUUGUUGAUUUAAACGACAUCUAAUUACCUUUAAAGAAAGUGGCUUUCGGCAAUAGAUAGAUGCAAUCAGUGUUGAAAUAAGUUUACAAAGAUAACUUCGUAUUUUGAACGUCACAACUGUAAACCACAAAAGCCUUUGUUUAUGCCAAGAGUUCUUUAUCUGGCUUUAAAUAACCAUCUCUUAAAAUUAGCUUCCAUGCAGAGGGAAUUUAUUUCACCACUCACUGUUAGGAUUACUAAAGAUAAAUAUUUUCUUCAAAAAUGGACUUUUUUUCUUCCAUACAUGCGGGAUGAAUUAGAACAUUUGCAAGUCAAUGCUCUGUCCGCUGCCAUUUUUAUAGCAACAGAAUAAAUUAUAGUCAGAUCAUGCGCGAACUUUGGGAGGAAGUUGGAAAAAAAGCCUGGUAGAGUAUUUAAACCCCAUAAGCCAAGGUACAUUCAGGUGCACGCUACAGUUUCGUUUCAGUUCAAUUCAGGUGCUCUGUUGCCAUUAACACAUAAAGAUCAAAUGUUUGCCCCAAACACAAACCAGCUCAGUUUCGCUCAGCGAAUGGAUCAAAACGUGCACACCAGCUUGCAAGUUAGCCGCGAAGCACCGCCGUUUUUACCAGAUAACAUUAUGGUUGGAACAAGCACAGGCUGUUUCACAGAUGGCAACACAUUUGACGGAGACACAGGCAACGACUCUGACUUCGCCAAAGGUAUCUAUAAUUUGCGUCCGAGAGGAGCUCUCACUCAUGUUCCGGCGCUGCCGAAGUUUGAGCAAGAGGAAGCUGGCCCCACUCCGCCCGUCAAAGCUAAGCGACAGCGCAACUCCUUGAAGAAACGUCUUCUUGUGAAUGCGCGGGAACGCGACCGAAUGCGUGUUUUAAACAACGGAUUUCAGGCGCUUCGGGACGCUCUGCCAUGUUAUAUUGCCGACGGACAUAUGGCAAAGAUCACUACUCUUCGUCUCGCUAUAAAUUACAUCAAGGCAUUGAACGAAGUCUUGAACGAGGAGCCGCCGCCUGUUUCAAGAUGCGCUCCUCAUCACCAGCCGCCAAACUCCACUGUUCCCCGCAACACCAACAUGAUGGGAAUCGCUGUUGACCCAGUUCAUUUUAAAACACCUCUUCCAAUUGAUGUAAGUACUUGCACCUCGAUGCCCUUCGAAAAUCCCUAAUCCAGAGCCGAAUAGCUUUUAACUCAUUCAACCCAUGUCUAGCUUCGCUUCGUUAAAAACAUGUUUUCUUUACAGCCUAAAAGAGAACGAGCAAACGGAAUUUCAAAUUCUUCUUUAGCUUCGCUGUUAUCUCCUCCUUUGGAAAUUUCCAUCUUAUUUUUGGCUUGCCUGUAAAUCAAUCAAAGUUUGUCAGAUCUACAACAUUAUUUUUCUGCUGACGAGAGCUUCCACAAAACCAGGCCCCAUGAUGGCGUGUCAUUAAAACAGAAAUAUGAAGUCGUUUGUAGAAUAAUUAAGGUCCAGUGCAGUUGAGAAUAUCACUAGUUUCCGUUAGCCCUUUUUGAACUCACACGUGGUUCGUUUCUUCUUUUUGUUUCCAAAACCUAACUGGCAACGCAAAAUCGAAUUUCAAGAAUUAAAUUUUAAUUACUCUCUGUUUUAUUAACGUCUGGCCCGACUCAAUGUUUUGUUUAUGUCUAAGAAGCCGUCCUACAUGAAUUGUUCACGAAAAACGUUAAAAAAAAUUGAGUAUGUUACCUCAAGUUAAUUUCGUUUCAACUGCGUUGUAAGAAAAGGGAAGUUAAGUUUUGCAGUUCUUAAGAUGUAAAAAAAAUCCUUGAAAAUUUCGUUCUUAACGAUAGAAAAUAAUGUUUGAGGCAAAAACCAUUUUCCACAUUUCCUUCCAGUUUAACCCAAGCACUAGACUUAGUUGCUUUAUUUUGUGCCCUCGAAAUGUUUCGAUGAAUUAAUUAUCUCUUUGAACGAUAUGUCGUUUACACGAUCAUCGUUUGAAACACCACAACGUGUUGGGAAAUAGUGCAAACUUUUAUUAGAGGUUAAAAUGGAUCUUAAAAUGUGAUUUAUUAAUUUUUCUCCAGGUUCGUCAUUCAAACACAAGGAUUUAAAAGAUGAACACCAUUCGCAUUUUGCAGACAUCUUCGCAGCGACAUAGUACAUAUUAGUUUCAAAUGAUUAUAAUGUGAUAUUCCUUUACUGAGAAUGUACAAGAAAAUCCGAAAAACAAAUAGUUAUAUAAACGUCUUUUGUAUUUGUAGAUAAGCAAUCCAUUUGCGAUAAAAUUUGCGCCGGUAUUAGGCUGUUGUCACACAAAACGUAGGUUAAACGCUGAAUCAUAUUCAUUUUUUAUGUAAACCUCUAGAACUUUCGUCUCUCUUCCUUCUCAUAGUCUUUGCAAUUAAUCGAAAAAUUCUCGCGCUAUCUACCUAACAGACCAACUUUCAACUGCUGUAAACGAUUAAACGAUAAGUUAAUAAAAAUUUGUAAACCACAAGCUGCAAAUAUGGUUAACUUUGAGUUGCUUACAGAAAAUUUCGAAUAUUUAAUUCAAGUUUUUAUAUCAGCCCAUAAGCUCUAGUUUGGUCGGUCUUCCCUGACCAUUUGCGCAGUAUUUACAUCAAAUUGUAUUCGUCCUUAAAGAUAUUUUUGUCAAAAAG